UAGGGGGUUUGAUCGUAACUUUAUAAGGAAACUAAUCUGCAACGUUGAAGUUAAACUCCCCCUUCUUGUCUGUGCCUGGUUUGUUCAUAAUCUAGAUUUAGUUUCUUUCAGCAUGGAAAAAUUGUACAGUCACCUUGCUUUAGUGUUCUCUGUUUUCCUCUUAAUCAAACUUGUUUUCGUUAGAUUUAGCAGGCGAAACUUACCACCAAGUCCAUUGGCUCUUCCGGUCAUCGGUCACCUGCAUCUUCUCAAGAAGAAGCCGCUACCUCAAGCACUAGAAACUUUGUCUUCUAAAUAUGGUCCGGUUCUGCACCUCCAGUUUGGUUCUAAGUCUGUCCUUGUUGUAUCUUCUCCAUCUGCCAUUGAAGAAUGCUUCACCAAAAACGACAUCGUAUUUGCAAACCGACCCCGAUCUUCGGUUGGGGAUCAUUUCACAUAUAAUUAUACUGCCAUUACCUGGGCUCCUUAUGGUCAUCUCUGGCGAAGUUUGCGCCGGUUUUCCGUUGUUGAGGUAUUCUCUUCUAGUGGCCUCCGAAGGUCUUCUUCCAUUCUUGAAAAUGAAAUUUCUCGCCUUCUUCGCCUGGUGCUUAAACAGUCAAGAAGCGGCAAUCAAGAGGUGGAACUGAGGAUUUUGUUUAAUAUUCUAACAACCAAUAUAACGAUGAUGAUUGUUGCUGGAAAGCCUGCUAUUGAAGAUGAGGCGGCAGCAGCAGACUUAGGGAUUGCAAAGGAAUUCCUUUCAGAAUUUAAGGAGAAGUUUUUCGCGGGUGUGGCAAUGGACAUGCGUGAUUUAUUUCCAAUUCUGCGGCUAAUUGGUUAUAAAGGCCGGGUGGAGAAGAUUUUAUCAAAGGUACAAAAGAGCAGAGAUGAAUACAUGCAGGUUUUGAUAGAUGAAAUUCGUUUAAAGAAAACCAGUUCUUCUUUUGAAAAGAAAACUUCAUUAAUUGAAACUCUAUUGUCUCUCCAAGAAUCGGAACCUGAAUUUUAUACAGACGAUGUCAUCAAAAGCAUCAUGGUGGUAAUGCUUGUUGCUGGGGUAGACACAACAGCGAUCACUUUGGAAUGGGCAAUGUCGCUCCUACUGAAUCAUCCAGAGGCAUUGAAGAAGUUGAGAGCUGAAAUUGACGACAAAAUUGAAGAUGGGCGCCUGCUAAAUGAGUUGGAUCUUGUCAAUCUCCCAUACCUUGCUUGUGUUAUACACGAAACACUCAGACUAUAUCCUCCAACGCCACUCCUUUUACCCCAUUUAUCGUCUGAAAGCUGCACUGUUGGUGGAUAUGACAUACCACAAGGAACAAUGCUGAUUGUGAAUGCAUGGGCAAUGCACAGGGACCCCAAGGUGUGGGAUGAGCCAUCAAAGUUCAUGCCUGAAAGAUUUGAAGCAGCUUCCGGGGGACGAGAGGGAUUCAAAUAUAUUCCAUUUGGCUCGGGGAGGAGAGCUUGCCCAGGCGCUGCUAUGGCUGUUCGAACAGCUUCUAUGUUUUUAGGCUCACUCACAAGGUGCUUUGAUUGGGAAAAGGUGGGAAAGGAGGUGGACAUGAGUGAACAAUGUGGAAUUUCUUUGACCAAGGCUAAGCCAUUUGUGGCAAAGUGCAGGCCGCGCCAAAAUAUGAUUGAAAUGCUCUCUCAGUCGUAAAUGAUCUGUUGAGUAAUAACAGUACUAUGUAAAUAAGCUAAUAAGUAAUAAAUCUGGGCAUUAUACUAUCAAUAAAACUGAAUUAUGAUAUCGACCAA